AGAAAGGUUAAAAGCCCAGGAGCUUCGGCCCUCGGGCCUCUUACUUCAAACCAUAGUCGGUGCAGGUGUUUUCCUCUGCAAACCCUGUGCCUGGCGCGGAUAAUCCGCGCGGUCCGGCGGUAAACGCGGAGUCCCUGUGGUCCCGUCGGAGUAGCAAACCAUGGCGGGCUGCUGCUGUCUGUCUGCGGAGGAGAAAGAGUCGCAGCGCAUCAGCGCGGAGAUCGAAAGGCAGCUUCGCCGCGACAAGAAGGACGCGCGCCGUGAGCUCAAGCUGCUGUUGCUGGGAACUGGUGAGAGUGGGAAAAGCACCUUCAUCAAGCAAAUGAGGAUAAUCCAUGGGUCUGGCUAUAGUGAUGAAGAUAGAAAGGGCUUCACGAAGCUGGUUUACCAAAACAUAUUCACUGCCAUGCAAGCCAUGAUCAGAGCAAUGGACACCCUGAGAAUACAAUACGUGUGUGAGCAGAAUAAGGAAAAUGCCCAGAUCAUCAGAGAAGUGGAAGUGGACAAGGUCUCUGCGCUCACCAGGGACCAGGUAGCAGCCAUCAAGCAGCUGUGGCUGGAUCCAGGCAUCCAGGAGUGUUACGACAGGAGGAGGGAGUACCAGCUGUCGGACUCUGCUAAGUAUUACCUGACUGACAUUGACCGAAUCGCCAUGCCCUCUUUUGUGCCAACGCAACAGGACGUGCUUCGUGUUCGAGUGCCCACUACUGGCAUCAUAGAGUAUCCAUUUGACUUGGAAAACAUCAUUUUUCGGAUGGUGGAUGUUGGUGGCCAGCGAUCUGAACGACGGAAAUGGAUUCACUGCUUUGAGAGUGUCACCUCCAUCAUUUUCUUGGUUGCUCUGAGUGAAUAUGACCAGGUUCUGGCUGAGUGUGACAAUGAGAACCGUAUGGAAGAGAGUAAAGCCUUGUUUAAAACCAUCAUCACCUAUCCCUGGUUUCUGAACUCAUCUGUGAUUUUGUUCUUAAACAAGAAAGAUCUUUUGGAAGAGAAAAUCAUGUACUCCCAUCUAAUUAGCUAUUUCCCAGAAUACACAGGACCAAAGCAGGAUGUGAAAGCUGCCAGGGACUUUAUCUUGAAGCUGUAUCAAGACCAGAACCCCGACAAGGAGAAAGUCAUCUAUUCCCACUUCACCUGUGCUACGGACACUGAGAAUAUCCGCUUUGUGUUUGCUGCUGUGAAAGACACAAUCCUACAGCUGAAUCUACGGGAAUUCAACUUAGUGUAAACACUUGGCCCUCUCCUCCCAGACACAGGGUGAUAUGAGCUCCUCCUGCCUGUCCUACAAGUGAUUCUGACCACCUGGGCCAGGAUCCAAGGACAUUAUGUAGCCCGCAGGGACUGAGAUGGAUAGUGUAACUUGAAAGAUACUUGCUUUACCAACCUUUUUAAGUGUCUUUAAGUAUAAUUUUAGAGUUUGUAUUUUAUAGAAUUUUAAAAAGCCACUGUGAUUCCCCCAUGCUUUUUAAACAAAAGUGUUCAAUAGAUAUUACGAAUCACAUAACAGAGGGGAUUUGUUAAUUUAUAGAUCAUGCCUUCAGACCUCUCAGAUUAACUUGGGUGACUAAAACAUCUUAAUAGGCUUGAUUUUUAAAUAAACCUUAAAAGACAUUGCUAACAUCUCUUCCCCUCAUCUAACAUUCUACCAAACAACCAAAGAUUGUUUCUAUGCCUCCCCACCCCAUCUGCUUGUUUGGCUGGCUGUCCAUGUUUGCUACAUAAUUGAGGAUGGCCUUUAUCCUCCUGCUUGAACUUAACCAAGUUGUUUGUUAGACUUGUGGGUGUACGCCACCACGCUCAGCUAUUUUUCUUUUUUGAGACAGGGUCUCCAUGCUGGUCUCAAACAUACUAUGCAGCUGAGGAUGACCUCAAAUUUCUGAUUUUCUUGUCUUCAUAUACAUACUUUAUUUAAAGUAGGAGAGUUCUCACCCUAUUGAUAAUUAUUCCUGAUAUUAAAAAGGUCUCAAAUUGUAUGAUUUUGACAUUGGUAUUUAUAGGUUAGUAAGUGUUGUGAUGCAUGUGCCACCACGAUCAGUUAAUGUCGUGCUUGGGAUGGAACCCAGGGCUUUGUGCAUGCUAGGCAAACAUUCUGCCAACCGAGCUAAUGCACCAGGCAAAGAUUUCUUUAAAAAAAAAAAAAUAGUUCUAUUCAUGUCAACUUGCUAAGGCAAAUUAGUAUUACCCCAAUAUCUAUUUUAAAUUUGCCAUGAUUUGGUGGUGAAGCCAAAGCUGAGAUAGAUGAUAACUGGGUUCUAGAUAGUGCAUGCGUGUAUCUUAAUGCAUAUGAUCAGGUCUUACAAACUUAUGGAAUGGCUAAAGCAUAACUUGUUUACCAAAUGUCAUGUAAGCUUUGCCAACACUCUUGAUGGUAAUCACAAACCUGCUGUUUGAACUGUGUAUGCUGUGCCUUUCUGGAUAUUGAGAAUAUACUGUUCUACCAGGA